AUGCCGGCCUAUCACUCACAGUUCCUAAACCCUCCUAAGCUUAUUGGCAACAUGGCAUUGCUGCCUGUGCGGACACAGUACAAGGGACCAGCUCCUAAAGACACAUCCGACUUUGACAUCGUAGAUGAGGCAAUAUAUUUCUUUAAGGCCAAUAUUUUUUUUCGCAACUAUGAAAUCAAGAGUGAGGCUGACAGGACGCUCAUUUACAUCACCCUGUACAUCAGCGAGUGCCUGAAGAAGCUACAGCGAUGCUCAUCAAAAAGUCAGGGAGAUAAGGAGAUGUACACCCUUGGCAUCUCCAAUUUCCCCAUCCCAGGAGAGCCAGGGUUUCCUCUCAAUGCCAUGUACAGCAAGCCUGCCAACAAAGCAGAGGACGAUACCAUGCGGCAGUACCUUCAACAGCUAAGGCAGGAAACUGGGGUGAGGCUGUUGGACAAAGUCUUUGACCAGAAUGAUAAACCCAACAAGUGGUGGCUAUGUUUUGCCAAGCGGAGGUUUAUGGACAAGAGCCUGUCUGCUCCAGGAUUCUGA